AACAAUUGGGACCCGGGAUCCUCCGCGUGCGUUGUGUGCGGCUGCGCGGGCUUUCCAUCCCUCACACCAGCUUCUCACUCCGCAUUUUACCAUGCCUUUCACCCGAGACCCUUUCCAGCACCCUACGUUGGAUAACGAUGAGACCUACCUGGGAAAACUCCGGGCCUCCAAGAAACUGCCAUAUAAGAACCCAGCUCACCUUGCUCAGCAACAGGAACCCUGGAGUCGGCUCAGCUCAACUCCCACAAUCACCUCCAUGAGGCGGGAUGUUUAUUUUUUUGAUCCUGAGAUACCAAAGGAUGACCUGGAUUUCCGCUUAGCAGCCUUGUACAACCACCACACAGGGACAUUCAAGAACAAAAGUGAGAUACUCUUACACCAGGAGACUACCCAGGAUACCCAUGGAAUCAUCAAGACCCAAUUCCCUGGAGAACUUUUACCCCCUCCUCCACCACCUUCCAUCACUUCCUGGUCUAACAUCAGAUACUGGAUCAACCCUAAGAAGGAGUCUAUCCACAGCAUCCAGGGAUCCAUAGUGUCCCCUCACACUGCAGCCACCAAUGGAGGCUACUCCCGAAAGAAUGAUGGUGGCUUCUUCUCUACCUAAUGUUAACAGGCCCCUGGACUAAUUAAUCAUAGUGGAACAUCUGCUGCCCACCUCCAUUAAAUAAAUUUGUGCUGGAUGAAGCCUGAAGUGUGUUACCCAUGGACUAGAGUUGCUACUUGACUGCUCUUAAAAUGUGGGAGGGAAGUUUCCCAACUUUAGAGACUAGUCCUAUUGGACAUUUUUGCAAUUUAAGUCAUCUUGCUGAAAAGCUAAGGAUCUAGAACAAAACAGCAUAUGGGGUGCCUUCAAGGCUCAGUUGAUUAACUAUCUCUGUUAAUCUCAGCUCGGGUCUUGGGUCUUGGGGUCAUGAGUUCAGGCCCCACAUAAGGCUGGGUAUGGAGUCUCCUUAAAAUAA